GAUGGGGAUGGGGAAGGCCGUGGCGGCUUCUCAUCUCGGUCGGAUGGCGCCGCCUUCGGGACCAGGAGAGGCCGGGGCCGGGCGCCCACGGGGCAGGCGGCCGAGGGCGGUGAGGUUCGCGGACGUGGCCGUGUACUUCUCCCCCGAGGAGUGGGGGUGUCUGCAACCCCCGCAGAGGGCUCUAUACCGGGACGUGAUGCGGGAGACCUACGGCCACCUGGGCGCGCUCGGGUGUGCCGGCCCCAAACCAGCCCUCAUCUCCUGGUUGGAACGGAACUGCGAUGACUGGGAACUGGCUGCCCUGGAUCCUCAAGCGCACCCCAAGGGGGUGACAUCCCAAAGAAAAGCCAGAAUGACGAAUGGAGAGAAGGAAGAAUUCCCACCUGAAGAGGCACCUCGCAAGGGGAAGCGGGGUCGGAGGCCCAGCAAACCCCGACUAAUCCCCAGGCAGACAUCUGGGGGUCCCAUCUGUCCUGAUUGUGGUUGUACCUUCCCUGACCACCUGGCUUUGGAAAGCCACAAAUGUACCCAGAAUCUGAAAAAGCCUUACCCGUGCCCAGACUGUGGGCGCCGCUUUUCCUACCCAUCCCUGCUGGUGAGUCACCGGCGGGCACACUCUGGUGAGUGUCCCUACGUCUGUGACCAGUGUGGCAAACGCUUCUCCCAGCGCAAGAACCUCUCCCAGCACCAGGUCAUCCACACAGGUGAGAAGCCCUACCACUGCCCGGACUGUGGCCGCUGCUUCAGAAGGAGCCGGUCCUUGGCCAAUCACCGGACCACACACACCGGGGAGAAGCCGCACCAGUGCCCCAGCUGCGGCCGACGCUUUGCCUACCCGUCCCUGCUGGCCAUCCACCAGCGCACGCACACCGGGGAGAAGCCCUACACCUGCCUGGAGUGUAGCAGCCGCUUCCGCCAGCGCACGGCCCUGGUCAUCCACCAGCGCAUCCACACGGGCGAGAAGCCCUACCCGUGCCCGGACUGCGAGCGGCGUUUCUCCUCGUCCUCCCGCCUCGUCAGCCACCAGCGCGUGCACUCUGGGGAGCGCCCAUAUGCCUGCGAGCAUUGCGAGGCCCGCUUCUCCCAGCGCAGCACGCUGCUGCAGCACCAGCUCCUGCACACGGGCGAGAAGCCCUACCCGUGCCCGGACUGCGGCCGCGCCUUCCGCCGCAGCGGCUCGCUGGCCAUCCACCGCAGCACGCACACGGAGGAGAAGCUGCAUGCCUGCGAGGACUGCGGCCGCCGAUUCGCCUACCCCUCGCUGCUCUCCAGUCACCGGCGCGUGCACUCUGGGGAGCGGCCCUAUGCCUGCGACCUGUGCUCCAAGCGCUUUGCUCAGUGGAGCCACCUGGCCCAACACCAGCUGCUUCACACGGGAGAGAAGCCCUUCCCCUGCCUCCAGUGCGGCCGCUGCUUCCGCCAGAGAUGGUCGCUGGCAGUCCACAAAUGCAACGCCAAAGCCCAAAAUUACAGCCCACCUGUAGUGGCGCUGGGCCAGAAGGGCAAUACCGUUUAGAAGGGGAAGUCUGAACUGAUUUCCCGUCCUGGCUGGACUUAGAGGAGGCAGCACCCAGGUUGAAAAGGGCAGAAUCAGGACUAAAACUUAAGUCUUCAGGCCCGAAGUAAAUUCUUCCACAAUACUCUGCCUUACUGUGUGUCCCUGUUGGAGGACCCAUCAGGACAGGUGACUUAAGUUGGUUCAAGUUUUCUGAACUAUCUGAUACUUUUGGCACCUUCAGGGAUGCACUUCUCUGCCUGGGCCAGUGGUUGCUUUUCUAGUUGGUGCACACGGAUAUUUCCUGCUCCCUGGCCAGUGGCCAGUGGCCUCUUUUGCCUCUCUUUCAUGCCAGUUUAAACACCUGGCUUAGCCCUGCCUCCCUUGGCUUCCCUUAGCCCUCCUGCCAGAUGGUCCUUCACCCUCGCUUUAAAUUUCCCACCAGGGAGCUCUACCUCACCAGAAAGGCCUGGUCAUUGUUCAGUAGCAAUUGAUGGGCGGUGAGAAGAAACAUUCUUUCCUUCCCACCAAGCUUUGCCCUGAAUAUAUGUAAUACUUCAUCUACACGAUAGCCCUUCUGUUACAGGAACCUGAAAUUAUGGCCCCCAAAAGUUUAAAUGAAUCAUGUCUAAAAAGACAGUUUGAUGUUUUAUUGUUUUUGGACCACACCCAGCAAUGCUUAGGGAUUAUUCCUGGCGGUGCUUGGGUACCAUAUGGGUUGCUGGAAAUGGAAUCUGUCAGCUGCAUGCAAGGCAUACACCCUUCUUGCUAUACUUAUCGCUCUGGCCCCCAAGGUUUGAAUUAUUAUUUUUUUUCCAGAUUUGGGCUUUGUAGUGUCCUUUUAUUGAACAGAAUUAAGCUACCACCAUUGUGUUCACAUAUAUACAGAUGUGAUAGUAUUAUACGAAGGAUUGCAAAACCUAACAAUUUAAGGGUAUUAUAUAUACUUUAUAACCACUCAGAUUGGCUGUGGGACAUAAGUAUAGAGACAGUGGAGGAAAUUUUAAGGAGCAAAAAAUAAAAAUGGAACUG